ACAUCCUCUACCAGAGGCCUGGAAGCUUGGAGAGCGCAGUAUCUCAGCUGUUCCUAGAACUGCACUUUUCUGGACUCAGAUGUCUGAAGUUUUUCCUGGGACCUGCUUUAGCCACUCCUCCAGUUUGGGGGUUCGUGCCCCGAGUUCCUCGAUGACCAGUGUUGUCACAAACUUAUAUACGUAGAUGCCCUGUGGACCGCUGUUUUAUCCAGGCGCCAUGCAGCAUCGGGUUACUUCUUACUUUUCAUUUGCAGUCAACAUGAUUAUUGAGCUCACCAGGAGUAUUUAGUAUCAUUGAGUAAUUUUAAUCACUUUAGCACAAAAUAUGCUAGUUUCUGCUAUUCACUGCCAUUGUUGAUGCUAAGCUAAAGCUGACGGACUGCUGCCAGACCAGGAGAAUUACAAAAUGCUUUAUUCUCACUUACUUAACUCUAGGGAAUGCGGAAAUAGACAUUUCACUUAGGGGUGGAAUAUCCCUUUAAGUCAGUGAUUAGUGCUGCAGCAUAAACUCAGGAGGAUCUAAAAUGUGUGAUUGUGAGGGACCAAGUCAAAUAAGUGGAGGUACACAGGGAAUCUCCAAAAAUUGAGGCUCUUUAAUUUUCUUUGUUUUUAAAAUAUCGUCACAAAAAUAGCUCAAGCUCAUAAAAGAGGUAAAAAAAAAACAUCACAAGGCUACAUUUUACAUGAUGUUUACUUGUUGCUGUGAGUAUUAAGAAAGAAAAGCCAUGCCAAAAUAAGUUUAGGAAGCCCACUAAGAAUUGUAAUGAAAGCAUUUAAAAUAAAUACCAUAUACAGUUGAGGAAACGUUGGUUUAAGUACCUGAUAAGAAGUGGUCGCUGCAUACGCGAAAACCUUUACUCUCGGGAUCCCACAGUUUCAUUUUAGCCCGGCCACUAGUGUGUUUUAUUACAAUGAUCCAACGUUUGCGGCAUUCCGGAUCUUGGGGAAUUCUGUAGAUGGCUCAUUUCUUAUGUCGUCCGCGUCUGUUCUGGCAUCCUGGGGCACAACAGGAAUCUACCAUAUUUCCCGUUUGAUUGAGUUUUCUGACAAUAACAAAUAGCCCAGCUGCGAGCUUCUACCUGCCAAGAUGGCGCCGUUUCAAUUUGAACUGUUGCACGCUGGGAGAAGUGACGUCAACUCCCGGAGCUCUAUAUAUACACACUGGCUGAUCAGACCAUAUGAACAAUAAGGAUUACUAGACAAACUUUUAUUAACUAAAACUAAACACACAAAUCAGUACAGUCAGAUUGUUAAUAAACAUAAACACCCUAACCCAUAAACCUAACUAUUUCCCUUCAAACUUAAAUUAAUUAACAAAUGACAAAAUAAUAAACUAAAGAAAAUCCUUCAGUCCCCUCUUCCAGGAGCUAUUGGUUUGGCCCCAUCAGCUCCUCCUGUAUUUAGCUGACAGAACCCCUUCAACACUGUUUGCCUCUCCCAUCUCAGAAAGCAGGAAGUAGAGAACCUCUCAACACCGGAAAGAGAAAACAUAAAUUAACUUAAAUAGAACAAAUGGCAGGCAUAAAAUACAGCAGUUAACUAAAUGUGCGCACUUACAAUUGGAACUAAUGCAUUUAAAUCAUCUAAACAAUAAAUUCAAAGAAAUAUAAUGGAUGUGGCCAUCACAGUGAUGAUAGACUAGAUCUUUGAUAGGUGGCAGUGUGCAGCUGUUAUUACACACAAGGAAGAAGACACACAUAAUAAGAGAUGUUUUGGCUCAUUAUAACCAGUCAGACAAGACGGGUAGACAAACACACGCAGACUUAUCGGAACACUGAGGAUUCUUUCAUUUUGUGAUCUGGAUUAAACCUUUGCAGGUAGGAACCCAGAGCUAAAUAUUGUUUGUAAUGGCGGUGUUUAUUGUAAACAACAUGCUGCUUUUAAUGGGGCUGUCCAGUUCAUGGUGUCUUUAUAAAACUGUUUUACAGAUUAUGACUUGCCAUGAGUAAACAGGAGACAUGUUUCACCUCUCACUCUGUUAACGCAUCAGAACAAGAGAAACACAAAUACAAACUGUUACUGAGUGCUUCUCAGCUUAGUUUCCCUCUGUUUUCAACUUUGUUUAUAAUUUAUUACUAAGAAGCAAUGAUGAGGAAGACAUCAGCUCCACCUGAACCAGAUGGCGUGUCCAUGAGGUCACCAGCUGGUUUUAGAGAAGACCAGAUUGUUUAUAAACCCCAUUUGGAGAAUCAAACUCCACCAAGAUGUUUGACACUGCUCAGAGAGAAAACAAAAAGUCUGUAUUUUAACAUCAGCAACGGGGAAUCCGUGCACCAACAAACGCAAGGUGGGCAGGAGGCAGGUACCCAUGGGCCCACGGGUGUAAGGACUGAACGUUCACUGACUCUGCCAAGUGGAUUCAAGGGGGGAGGCUUCUCAGAUGACCAUUGGCAAGGUGGUCAGGAGCCAGGUACACGAAGGCCCACUUUGCUGUCCCUGAGAUCUAAGAAUCCACCAAUCAGUUUCAAGCAUGGAAGCUACUCAGAUAACGACAUGGAAGAUCCCACUUCCACUCAUGAAAACCAGACAGGUUCAAGAGGGAAGAUUCCUGCUGCUGAUGAUGAAGAGUAUAAAAAACAACUGGAUUCUCUUUUUAAGGAGUUGAAAGAGGAAGUUAACUGCUUGGCAGAAAAGGAAUUUGAGAGACUGAAAACAAUGCUGAGUCCAGAUGGCUCUGGAAGGCCCCAAGAGGAUCACGAGGAACUGAAUGGCAAAAAAGAGAAAUCGAACACCAAGAGGGAGGCAUUUCGGAAAUUCACUAUGACAUUACUGAGUAAAAGAAAGCCAGAAUGGUUGUCUGAGGUUCUACAAAAUAAAACUCACACACUGACUUACCAACAGAAAUUAAAAUCUCAUCUGAUGACAAAGUGUAAAAGUGUGUGUGAGACUACCACAAAGGCACCAUUUGUGGAUCAGAUCUACACUGAGCUCUACGUCACAGAGCAUGGGAGACGAGAGGCCAAUGGGCAACAUGAGCUUCAACAGAUAGGAGCAGCAUCUUGGAUACCAGAAAGUUCAAAAAGCACAGUCAGCUGUGACGAUAUCUUUAAACGUAGAGAAGGGGAGCCAGGCUGGACACUAAUGACCAAAGGAGUUGCAGGAAUUGGGAAAACAGUUCUGACACAUAAGUACACCUUGGACUGGGUUGAAGAGAAAGCCAAUCACAACAUACAGUUUAUCUUCCUGUUUACUUUCCGUGAGCUCAAUUUGCUAAAAGGUAAAACCUACAGCUUAGUGGAACUCAUCCAUUACGUCUUCACUGAUAUCAAAGAAGCUGGAAUCUGCAGGUUUGAGGAGUUCCAGGUUGUGUUCAUCUUUGAUGGUCUGGAUGAGUGUCGCCCCCCUCUGGACUUCAAUGAGACUCAGAUCUUGACAGAUGUUACAGAGUCUGCUCCAGUGGAUGUGUUGAUCAUAAAUCUCAUUAGAAGAAAGUUACUUCCAUCUGCUCACCUCUGGAUUACCACAAGACCAGCAGCAGCCAAUCAGAUCCCUCCCGAGUUUGUUGACAUGGUGACAGAGGUCAGAGGGUUUAAAGAUCCACAGAAGGAAGAAUACUUCAAGAAAAGGUUUACUGAUGAAGAACAUGCCAACAGAAUAGUCUCCCAUAUCGGGACAUCACGAAGCCUCCACAUCAUGUGCCACAUCCCUGUGUUCUGCUGCAUCACAGCUACAGUCCUGGACCAUGUCCUGAAGAACAGCGAGAACAAAGAGUUGCCGAAGACCCUUACUGAGCUGUACAUCCAUUUCCUGUUGGUUCAGGCAAAAAGAGACAAGGAGAAGUAUCUCACACACCUUCCAGCAGGUCCAAUAUGGAAUGAAGAGACCAAGAAGAUGUUUCAUUCUCUGGGAAAACUAGCAUUCAAGCAGCUAGAAAAAGGAAACCUGAUGUUCUAUGAAGAGGAUCUAAAAGAGUUUAACAUAAAUAUAAAUACAGCCUCAAUGUACUCUGGAAUGUUCACAGAGAUCUUCAAGGAAGAGUGUGGACUGAACCAGGAGAGGGUCUUUUCCUUUGUUCAUCUGAGCAUUCAAGAGUUUCUGGCUGCCCUUUAUGUGUUUUUGAAGUUCAAUAACACAGGAGUCAAUGUCCUGAAAGGAAGGAGUGUGUCGGUUCUGAGCGAAGCUAAAACUAAGCAGUUCUACCUGAGUGCAGUGGACAAAGCUUUAGAGAGUCCAAAUGGACACCUGGACAUGUUUGUUCGCUUCCUGUUGGGCCUUUCGCUGAAAACAAAUCAAAGGCUCUUAAAGGGUUUGGUGUCGAAGACGAGACGUAAACCACAGGCUACAGAGACUCUUGUGCAGUAUGUAAAGAAAAAGGUCAAUAACUGUUCUUCGACUGAGAGAAGCAUCCGGAUGUUCCACUGGCUGAAUGAACUGAAUGAUCGUUCUCUAGAGGAGGAGAUCCAGCAGUCGCUCAGCGAAAGCGACUUUGCAAAGAAGCUCACUGCCUCUCAGUGGAGAGCUCUUGCCUUUAUUUUGCUGUCAUCUCAGAAGGAAUUAGAGACUUUUGACCUGAAGAAAUUCUGUGCUUUAAAGGAGGCACUGACAUGGCUGCAGCCCGUGGUUAAAGCAUCAACAAAAUCUCUGCUUAGUGGCUGUAACCUCUCGUGGAGAAGCUGUAUAUCUGUGGUGGACAUUUUAACCUGUGAGAACUCUCAUCUCAGAGAGUUGGACCUGAGCAACAAUGACCUGCGUGAUGCUGGUGUAAAGCUGCUUUCUCGGGGACUUGGAAAUCCAAAGUGCAGACUGGAAAUCCUCAGCUUGUCAGGCUGUUUGGUCACACAGGAAGGCUGUGAUUCUCUGGCAACAGCUCUGAGCUUCAACCCGUCCCAUCUGAGAGAGCUGGACCUGAGCUUCAACCAUCCAGGAGAAUCAGGACUGAACCAUCUUUUUGUGGGGCUGCAGAACCCAGAAUGGAAACUGGAAACGCUUAAAACUGAUCAUUGUGGAAAGUCCAGAUUGAGUCCAACACCACAAAGAUUCUUUUGUGAACUCACUUUGGAUCUACGUACAGCAAACGAAAACCUCCAAGUAUCCCAAAACCUGAAAUAUGCUAUCGUAAUGAAAGAGAAGCAGUCAUACCCUGAUCAGCCAGAGAGGUUUGUAAAGUGGAAACAGCUGCUUUGCGGUGAUGGUUUCACUGGUCGCUGCUACUGGGAGGUCAAAUGGAAAGGAAGUGUUAGAAUAGGAGUGACGUACAAAACAAUCAAGAGGAAGGGGAAGGGUGAUAACAUCUGCAUUGGGAAGAAUGAUCACUCCUGGAGUCUCUUCUGCACCCAGCAGGGGUUCACUGCUUGGCACAAAAACACAGCACUGGACGUAGAAAUGCCACAAAACACUGACUCUAACAGAAUAGCUGUGUAUCUGGACUGGUCUGCAGGAACGCUGUCCUUCUACUGUCUGCCCAAACUGGUUUCCUCAAUACAGAAGAUCCACCUCCACACUUUUCAGGCCACAUUCACCGAACCGCUGUACCCUGUGUUUGGGUUUGGACACUUCUAUAAAUUUAAGAAGGACUCUACACUGUUAUAUUCCUCAGUGUAUCUGACACAGGUUGACUGAGGACGUCUCCCUUUCUGCUUCGAAUUGUCCCCAGCAGGACUCAGAAAGUACAACUGAAUGUUUAUAUGGUCUGGCAGGAUUGUUUGGAUUGCAUUUCCUAUCUGUAAAUAUAAACUUAUGUUGUCGUAUAUCAAACUGUUGAUGCAAAGGUUUUCCUGGUUCUCACAAGUUAAAAAUACCAAAUGCCACUAGAAGUUAUAGCUUAAUCUGUUGAACUCUAGGCCUUUUUGAUUAAUCUGCUCAAAAAUGACAUGCCCACACUUCAAUGAGUACAUUUCUGUAACCACAAGGUCUAUUUGAUUGCUUUUGGUCUCAUUUUAAAGUAAAAUCUUGUGGAAUGUGUUGAUAGGUGUAAUUAUUAGUAUAUGUGUCACUGAUUAGGUGUAAAUGGUAAUGGAACAUUGUAAACAAGUGGAUUUAUUUUUCUUUGCCUGAAAAAGUUUGAUUUCAGGAUGAAUGCAUCUUUGGAAUAAUGCAGCAGCAGCAGUUUCAAAUUUUAAGAAAUUCAUAGCCUUACUCAAGGACAUUGGCUGUAAAAAUUUUGACUUUGACAAAGUGAAGAACAACAAUUUUACAGAGAUUUAUAUACAGACACUUCAGUGCACUCUCAAAUGGUACAUUAUUAUUAUUGUAAGCUUUUUAAUAUAAAGUUUUUUUCUUAAAUUAAAUUGUACCAUAUUGCCCUGCGAUGGACUGGCUCUCUGUCCAGGUUGUACCCCGCCUGAUUGCCCAUUGACCGCUGGAGAUAGACACCAGCCCCCCCGACCCUACAUUGACAAGCGGGUUCAGAAAAUGGAUGGAUGGAUGAAAACUAUACCAUAUUCGACCUUUACAUGAUUUUGCUAGGCUGUAAUUCACAAUAUUUGAUCAUUUUCAUUAUUAUAAGAUAAUAUAAUUGUUUUGUUUGUUUUAUGUCAAUUGAAGUGAAACACCUUGACAUUUUCUAUUUAUAAGCCUUAUUUAUAAACUCACUGCACUUGUUACAAGAGGUUGUUUACCAGAGCAGGAGCAUGCUGGACUGUUGAAGUACUUUUCUGUUUUUGUACCUGAUGUUGCUUUGCUUAACUCAUUCACUGCCAUUGACAACUAAAGUCAUCAUUUUAGAUCCAACCGUUCACUGCCAGUGACGACUAAAGUUGUCAUUUGCAUUUUUUUUUUACUAUUUGAGCAUUGGAACGAGCCCCCGCGCUGAGAGAACAAGCAUCUCAGCCCUGAAGCCGAUCUUCAUCCGCAUACGUCACACGUCACGUGAUCAGGAAGCAGAACAUCCAUGUGUUAGGAGAUUGUUUUGGGCCGUUCCUGUAAAAAAGGUGAGGCGCGAACCGGAAAAUCGUCUGCCGAUCACAAUUCGACAACGGAUUAUGAAAGAACGGAUAAAGCUCGAAACACGUGGAUUCUUCCUGAUGUAAGAGGUGAGUCUCCUCUUUGUUUUGGGUUUUUUGGCGUCAACAUCAUCCUAGCGCAAAGUUCUGCGACUCUUAAAAAAAACAGUAAAAACGCUGAGAAACGCUUGCAGCGAAGGCCGUUAGCGAUCAGGAAAUGGCUGGCAGUGAAUGAGUUAAAAAAAUAAAACAAUUUGUUUUAUGAUUCAAUUUUCAUGCUUUUGUUCAAGUAAUACUCUAAAUUAAAAACUGAAAUGAAACCAAAUAAAAAUCUGAUUUGUUUUGUGUGGCGUAUUGAUUCUUCUUCUUCACAAUAGCCUAUAGAUUUUCUAUGGGGCUAAGGUCAGGUGAGUCUGAUGGCCAAUCAAGAACAGGGAUAGCAUGGCCCUUAAACCAGAUACUAGUAGCUUUGGCUUUGUGUGCAGGCCAGGUCCUGUUGGAAAACAAUAUCUGCAUCUCCAUAAAAGUGGUCAGUGGCAGGAAGCAUGAAGUGCUGGUUGACAGCUGCAUUGACCACCAUGGACCAACACAAUGGACCAACACCAGCAGAUGACAUGG